AUGUCGGCUCCAAGCGCCCGUCACUGGGAGCAGAACAAGGAAGCCACCGUAUAUGUCGGAAACCUCCAUGAGCGCGUUACACCCCGUAUCCUCCACGAGCUGAUGCUCAACACCGGUCGUGUGCGAAACGUUAACAUGCCAGUCGAUCGCGUCAACGGCCAGCACCAAAGUUUCGGCUUUGUUGAAUUCCACACAGAAGCCGAAGCCGACUACGCCUCCAAGAUUUUGAACAAUGUCGCUCUCUACGGAAGUCGGAUACGCGUUAACAAGGCAUCCGCCGACAAGCAGAAGAAUGUUGAAAUCGGCGCGGAGCUGUUCGUGGGUAAUCUCGACCCAGGCGUAGAUGAAAAGACCCUGUACGACACAUUCAGCCGAUUCGGACCACUGGUGAAUGCGCCAAAGGUUGCGCGCGACGAAAUCACGACGGCAUCCAAGGGCUACGGCUUCAUAUCCUACGGCGACUUCGAGUCCUCGGACGCGGCUAUUGCCAGCAUGCACAACCAGUACAUCAUGUCCAAACAGAUCACAGUCCAGUAUGCGUACAAGAAAGAUGGAAAGGGCGAGCGCCAUGGAGACGAAGCGGAGCGUAUGCUUGCCAAACAAGCCAAGGCGCACGGAGUCGCACCCGCCGUGCAGCCCCUACCCGCACAUCUCUUCCAGCUUCCUCCAGGCGCUGCCCCGAGUGGACCGGCCAUGGGCGUAGAUGGACGAGGCGUACCUGGAGCACCAAGCGGACCAGGAGGAUAUGGUCCACCCAGCGGCCCUCCUGGUUUUAUCCCCAACGCACCCGCAGGCUAUGGAAGGCCUCCCCCGGCCGCCCCUAUUCCUGUUGGCCAUCCCUCACUUCCACCUCCUCCGACUGGUUUGCCUGCUCGCCCACCAAGCGGUGCCCCGACAAACUUCCCUCCGCCUCCAGGGUUCAACGCUCCGCCACCAGGCUUUGGCCCUCCACCCGGAUUCGGGGGUCCCCCCGGUUACGCCCAGGCGCCCAGAUAG